AUGUAUAUCCCAUCUCUCCUCCUUUCCAUCCUUGGAGUAGUCUCCAUUGCCUGGGCAUUCCCCAGCCAAAUCUCAAAUCCGGAGCAGCUCCGAGGAAGUAGCUUUGCAUCGCAGAAGCUUGAUGCAAAUGCAGAUGAAGACAGUCUUCGGUACCAGCCAGCCUUUUACUUUGACAAGGGGAUCUGUAAAGGCGCCAAAAGGCCCAUACCUUACCUUUCAAGUCGACCCGUAAACACCAGUGUACCAGAUGGUGGGGCUUGCGUUUCGAGAUCUCUAGUAUCCAAGAGAAAGGUCUACACGAGGAAGCGCUGCAACAACGGUUGGUGCGCAUACAUGUAUGAGUACGAACUUGCAUCGGGGUUCUUGUGUUACCGCAAACCCCGUUGGGAAAACAUAGUGGUCUUUGUCAAGAACAACACCGUCCAGCACGUUGCAGCUUCAGAAAACGGAGUAUACAUUCGCAGGGACAAACCCCACCUACAAGAGGGCCAUCCUCUGAUGCUAAAUUAUGGGCCUGUUUCCCAUCGGAGUGCUGUCUUUCGUUUUGCCAACAAGGGGCACGUGGAGAAAAUUAGGAAGGAUGUUGGGGAAUGGGUUGUCGCAAAUCUAGUUAAUUGGGAUGGGUCUCCUACACCAGCGCUGAACAAGAAGUUGUCAACUCAUGACGCUCGGAGGAAAAAGUUCCAUUUGGCGGAUGAGCACUUUACGGAGGCUUUGUACGAGGCAGCCGGGGAAUGUGUUCCUGGAUUUGAUUGUGAGAGUGGUGAAACGAAGGAUAUGCACAAGGAAAGGCAGAAGAAGAAAGUGAAGACUAAGGACAAGGACAAGAUUGAAGAGGAAGAGAAGGACUCGGAUAAAAAGUUCGAUAUCAAGGAGACUGUAAAGGGUAAGGACAAACAUGAAGCGGAAGAGAAGGACCAAACGAUUGAGAGAGGUAAGGGGGAGGUGGAGUUGAAAAAAUUCGAUAUUGAUGAGGAUAAGGAGGACAAGAAUGACAAGGAGGAUAAUAAGAAUAACAAGGAGAAUAAGAAUGACAAGGAGGAUAACAAGAAUGAUAAGGAGGAUAACAAGAAUGACAAGGAGGAUGAUAAGAAGGAGGAGGAGAACUAA